CUUCUUUAUGAUGAAGGUUCUAUGAGAUAUGAAGGUUCUCAUAGAACUAUUCAACCUGAUACACGUGAACCAAACGUAACGGGCCAUGACAUUAAAACGGAUAAAAGGAAUGCAAGAAUCUUUUGCCGUUUUGGUGCAUAUUUGGCAAUGCUGAAAGUGAUUACUGAUAAUGUUUUAGUUGAGCGUGAGGUAUUUAUUUCGAAACAGUUAUCAGCAUUAAAUUUUAUUUAUUUAGAAUGA